AAUAAAUAAAAAGACAUCAAGCUCUUAAAAAAGAGACAAGAAUUUAUAUCUUGUUUCCUAUCAGUAAGGCAGAUCAUAUACAGUGUCAAACACGUUGUCUUUAUAUAUGAAUAAGAGCAGUGGUCAAAGAUUAACUCAUCAGUGGUCAUUACGGCCAAAUGUCCAAUCAAGAGGUAGCUCUGCAUUAUUGGCGGUCAGUUUCAAACUGUAAGGUAUUACAUUGAAUCCUUGAAGAGAUGGAUUACAGUCUGUUUUGUCGGUUAGCAAACAGGUUUGCAAACAAGUUGCCUUCAUGGGCCCUACAGGAGCUUACUGCCCCAGCCAUUGAUGAGCAUUCACCCAUCCAUCUAUUCCCCCAUUGACUCAGACUCCUGAGAAGUCUCACAAUUGCAACUUGGUGCACUCCAAGUAUUCCUCUCUGUAUAUUUGGAUUCAAGGAUGGACCAAGACUGGAUGUAAACCUUCAUUUUCUUCGGUUUGAGCUGGGUAAAUACUUGAGAAUAAUUCUUUUCUUAGAGGAUGGUCUGUUUUUAAGCACUGUUUGCUGAUUGGUUGAAUAAAGCAAGGAAUUUAGAGGAGCUUUUGAACUGGUGUUGAGUUCUUGAUUGAGCAGUAGGCUACUGAGUUGACAGGACUAUAUACUUAGGAUUUAAACAUCUUGGAAACUUGACUUUGGAGGAAGAAAAUAAGGCCAUCCAGCAAAUGAUUCAAGAAAUUGUUAACCAGUAAUCGGAUCAAAAUAAAUCUGAUCUGAUGAAAGAUUAAAAUAGAAGAGCUAAAGAGCCAGGAGGAUUGAAAUAAGAUGAAUACUUCAGAAGAAAGUGGAGAAUGGAUUAAUCCAGAUGAACAGAAUGACAGAAGUUUAGAAUAUGAAGAACAAGAGGAAACAGAAGAAGAACAUGAAACCAGCUCUGAGAUCGAGGAAGAGUUUUCAAGCGAAGAGGAGGAGGAAGAAGAGAUGGGAAAUGUAGAAGAGAACUACAGAUCGGAAUCAUCUCCUCAUAUGCACAUAGUCAAUGGUCACGGGAACCAUAAUGGAAAUGACAAUGAUGGUGAUGAUGAUGAUGACCAAGAUGAUGACGAGGAUGAUGCCAGUGAAGAAGAUGAUGGAGAUAUUGGCAUAAAAGAUGAACAUCUUAGCAAACAAGUACCACAGAACUUCAACCCACAGAACAGCAUCCAAGGAGGCAACCCCAAGAUGACCUCAUCACCAAGGGAACAUCACUUCAUGGUUACCAGGCAACGGGAUGCAGUCCCAGUGCAACAUCAGAAUGGACAUAUGGUUGCUAGGGAGGAUGAUGGUGAUGAGGAAGAGGAGAUGGAGGAGGAGAUAGAGCCUGGUAUUAUUGGCCCUCUUCAUAUAGACCAUGUAGACUUUAUCUUGGAUAGCAUAGAUGCAGAGCUUAGUGAUCUCAUCACAAAGAGUGCCAGAGGUUCACCAGAAGAGAGGAAGAGAAAGAAGAAGGAACAUACAAACAAGAAAACAAGCUCCACAAAUGAAUCAGAGGGCGCUAAUCAGACUGGACCUCAAUCAGCUAAUACCACCAUUGACAACACCCUACCUCAUGAUCAUCAGCUACAACCCAAUGGAAGAUACAGGAUGCUACCAGUCAACAAAAAGACCAAGAAGACAGGAAAAGGGAGAAUGAAGACCAGAAGUCAACCAUCUUUAACAACCUAUCCAAAACUAAGGAUCAAUGAUUACAGCAUAGAUGAUUCUGUUGGAACUAACAGUGAUGCAGAUUCAAUCACAGCUGAGGAGGUUAGGAGAAGGGUUGUCCAAUCUCUCCAUCAACAAGAAAAAUCUAGUAGCAGUUCCUUGCCACCCCACCAUCAACUCACUUGUAGCCAAGAGUAUCAUUUAGCUACCACCCCAGCCACUAACCACUUGAGCAACAUUAAUAGUAGUCACUCACAAAGUCCACCAUCAACUGCUGACAAUAGUCCAAACGCUAAGACAUCUGAAAUGAACAAUAAUGAGGUUACGGCAAAGAAAAAAAUAACAGAAGUGCAAAAGAGUCGGACUAAUACCGGUGGGAAAACUCAAGAAGGGAGAAAGAAGAGAAGUAGUGUGUCAAGUAACUCCAGUAAGCAAUCAAACCAAAAGGUUUCAACUAAAAAAACAGGGACAUUGACACCACAGCAAGUGAGUGAUGAUUCUGGCGGUCUUGGUUCCAAGGGAGAUGCUAGUAAUCAUAUACUGAGGUUAAGAGACAUCUUGAACCACUGUGGUGAUGUUGGUGAGGAGUCUGAGAAGGCAUCCCUAGCAACAGAAUACCUGGUCUCACAACCAACUGGGUUACGAGGCAUCAGUGACCUGGAGUCUGUAGCAACAGAAGACUUUGAAUCUGCCUUCCAAAGGUUUGCCAUACCAGAGUCAGCAAGGAGUCAUCGAGGUAAGAAACAAGGGAAGUCAAAGCAAGGAAAGAACCAAAAGCAAGCUAUAGAAUCAGCAACGGAACAACUUCAGAGAGUGAAGAAAAGUGCAGAGGAGAAAAAGAUGAAGAGGACUGUUUCGGCGCCCCCUAUUGAUCCGAGUGGCCUGCCGGAGUAUAUGUACAUGCACAAAGAAGUGUCAGAGAAUGAUGUUGGGGCAGAUUCAAUGAUAACUGAGGAUUAUGAGGCUCACUUUCUAGCUAUACCUCUCAAGAAUAUCCAGACAGAGCACCCAGGAGUUACUCCCAAGAAAAGCCCGUCCCGAUCUCGUAGGAAAGGCAGCUCCAAAGUUCGGCAAGUGCAGCCCCAGAGUGAUCCUGAAUCCGUCCAGACAGAAGAUUAUGAGAAGAAGUUCCGUUCAAUUAUGGUCAGACGUCUGGCAGGAGUACCGCUCAGUAGUUUUGACUCAGUGACCAUUCAGAGUGACCUUGAUUCAGUCAAAUCAAUGGACAUCAAGAAGAAAUUCAGGAAAGCAAUGCACAAACAUGAAAUUUCAGGUACUUCCAGCAUAGAAGAGGAAGAGAUACCCGGGUCAAAGGUUGCACCAAAGUCACAGAGGUCCAAGGGUAGUCGAUCAAGCAGUCUUCAAAGUCAUUCUUCAGAGUCACUUAAAAUGAAAGCAACAAGACAACAAACCAAGAAAGGUAAUCCUCAGGUAUCAACAGGCCCACAACCUGGCAUGCAUCCACACCAUCCCACAAUGCAUCUGACUUCCCCUGCUAUGCACCAUUCCAGUAUGCCAAACCUUUCUACUACAGUAUUGCCAGGACACAGCCAUCCCUCAAUACACCAUCAGACUUAUGCACCACCCCAAUCAAGAGACAAGUGGAAGAGUCCACCUAGGAUCAGCCACUUAGAAAGUCAGUCCAGUCCAUUGAGAAUAAGGUAUGUGGUAACUUUGAAUUCAUGCUUGAAGUUGUCAAACAAGGUAUUUGACACCAAUAUUUGGGUUGUUAUGUAGGUUUUCACAGUUUCAAUAAGAUUAUUCAAUUUUGUUCAAAAAGAUGCAUCCAAACAUAUUUGUAAAUUGAACAGAAUUUUUCUCAUUUCUUUUUCAUAUUUGAAUUUGACCUUUUCCCAACUUAGAUCUGGUACUAAAAUGUUUCAAAGUUUUGAUUGCUGAUGCAGUGUUUGUUGGUAUUAACUAGGAAAGUCUACAUUAAUGAACCAAAGAAUUAAUCCAAAUUAUCAUUAUCAUAGUUUAACAAAAAAUAAAAUAUUAGCACUUUUAAUUUGAAGUAAAAAUGAAAUACACAUGGAAACAGCACAUUUAGAUCAUUUUGAUGUUAGUCUAAUAUUCUUUUGUUUGUCUAAGUUUAUUUGAAAAAAAAAGUUGACACCUUUCUCAAGUUGUGAAUUAGCUGAUGUGGGCGAGCCAAGGACAAUUCCUUCUCAUGAAGUAUUCAUUUUGUGAAACAUAAGACGUAUAAGUCGUCAUUUGCUUUAAAGCAGAAUAUUCAAGAUCGUAAAUCCUACUUUAAGUCUCUAUUCCUGACACCUGCAGUAUUUCCAUAGUCUCAAGUUACAUUGACAUUUUGGAUGUUGGUGUACCACGGAUGUACAUAUUUGAAUGGGUCAGUAACUUGAGAGUAGCUAGACUAGAUUUAAUGCACUUACAGAUCUCUUUUAGGUCAUUCUGCCUUCGGAACACCUCUAAAAGCACAUCCGAGUCUGCUGAAAAUGUGCACAGCGUUGAAUACACUGAUUACAUUAAUGAUUAGAAAGGCUAGAUCUGCAGAAAUUGUUUGUUUUAUAUAUUAAUCUCAUUCAACCUAUUGAAAUUUUUAUGAAAUAAUGUCAAGAUUUUGUUUAUUCACUUAUUGUUAAUCAUUAUAAGAACAUUAGAAAUAGUAAUUGAUUAUGAUAAUAUGAAAAAUGUAAAAGCAAAAGUUAAGAAAAAAUAUAAAUCUACUGAAUUUGAAUUUGAAUGAAUGAUGUAGUUUACGUAACCAAUAAACUUACCUGCUAAAUUUUGCUUAUGUCAAUUAUUGCAAUGAUUUGUCUUCAAAAUUAUGAAACGUGUAUGUCACUUCUGCCAUAAUUUCAUUUGAAUAAUACUUAUGCAUAUACAUUGAUUUUAAAAUUUAUUUUCUUGUUAAGCUUG